AUGCCUCUGCAUCCAUGUGAAAUAGCUUUGUGUGGAUCUGCCACCACCCACUACUGGAAUACUGGUCCAGACAAGUGCCCUCCAUCCAAAAAAACCUGCCUCACACUUAGCUUGGUGCCUGACAUACUUCAGAGUCCUCCUCAUAUCCCAUAUAAACAGACAAGACUGCCAUACUGCUGCUUUCAGAAGCUUCACAGAAUAAGCAGAAUUCUCAUUUUUGGGUUUGUAUAUAUACAGUAUAGGAAAUCUAACUUCCAUAGAAGAAUGUUAGCACAGGGAAAGCUUCUUAUAAUAAUUCUCUGUGAAAGCAUGCGGUAA